AUGCUGCGAGCGCUACUUCUCGACAGCGUCGCCUCGGCGGCCACGUGCCCGUACACGUCGCUGGGCGGCACUUCGAUCCUCGCCGGCGACGCCACUUGCGGCAGCGACCACUGGUGCCUCCUACGCCCGUCCGACUGCACGCGCCUCCAGUACACCUACCACGCGACGGACGAUCUGUUUUCGUAUCUUGGCGCGCUUGGCAACCUCACCACGUACACCAACACCGAAUUAACCGUGAUGAAAUCCAACCGCAUUGACCUCUCACGUAUGGUGCUCCCACCGACCCUACAAGCCCUCUCCUUCAAGCACGUGGCGUCCUUGUCGUCGUUCAGCGACCUCAACCCGUCGUCGUGGUCGGAGCUGACCUCCUUGAGCUUGGAAAAUUGCUCCUUGUCACGGCUUCCGUUGCCACUGCCGUCGAACGUCAGCACAUUGAAAGUGGUUUACAACGCAAUCUCGAGCCUGGCCGACUUGCCCGCGCAAGUGACCUUCCUCGACGUUGGCCGGAACAAUGUGAGUCGCGUCAGCAAUGCCAAUUGGUCGUCCGUCACCUCUGUGGAUCUCUCCUCCAACCCGCUCCGAACGUUCGCCAACGUCCAGUUCUCGAGUCGCCUUGUCUACUUCAACAUUGAAUUCUGCCAAAUCGACAACUUUGUGGUCGAUACGCCAACGUUCGCAGCGCUCAACACCCUUGCUUCCGCAGGCGACACGUUUGACGCUGACGGCGUCAAACGCCCGGUCGGCUACCGGGUCAGCGAGAAUAUUGACACCAACCCGGCGGCCUGUGCGGCGGUCCGCGGCCAAAUUCACAAACUGUAG